AUGAAUCAAGAUGUAUUUUUGAAGAAAUAAUGGUUCAUUAUGAGCCAUGAAGGCAAGAUUGAAUAAUAUUAUGAUAUCAAUCUAAAAAAGGUCAUUGGAUCUGGCACCUAUGGGAGUGUUGUCAAGGCCACACUCAAGGGCACUAAAAAUCAGAGGGCUGUCAAAGUCAUUCCGAAAAGCAAAGUUAAGAACCCUGACCGAUUCAAAAAAGAAAUAGAUAUUCUGAGAUAAUUGGAUCAUCCAAAUAUCAUCAAACUAUACGAAACCUUCGAAGAUCAAAGAAACGUCUAUCUCGUUAUGGAACUUUGCGAAGGUGGAGAGCUCUUCGAUCGAAUUAUGGACAAGGGAUGUUUUAGCGAAGCAGAAGCACAUGAAAUCUUUCUUCAAAUUAUGCAAGCAUUGAACUAUUGCCAUACUAAUGGUAUUUGUCAUCGAGAUUUGAAACCUGAAAACUUCUUAUUCCUAACUAAAGCCGAAGAUUCUCCAAUCAAGGUUAUUGAUUUUGGAUUGAGCACCUUAUUUGAAGAUCCAAUCUCAGCCAAACAAGCAGGAAAUCAGAAGGUCACUAUGAAAACAAAGGCUGGAACGCCAUACUACAUUUCUCCUGAAGUGCUCAAAGGAAGUUACGAUGAAUCCUGCGACAUCUGGAGUGCAGGUGUCAUCCUCUACAUACUCUUAUCAGGAGUGCCACCCUUUUAUGGAGACAGUGAUCCUGAAAUCUUGGAUGCUGUUCAAAAGGGAGAAUAUACUUUGGAAAUCCCAGAGAUGAAGGCUGUGACCGAGUCAGCCAAGGAUCUCAUCUCUCAUAUGAUUACGACUCCUGAGAAGAGGUACAAGGCAUCAUAGGUGAUACAACAUAAGUGGAUGAAAGAUGGCAGUAAACAAACUAAAUAAUUGAAAUUAAAUUUUGGUUAAUUAAAGAAUUUUACAGGCAGCAAUAAACUGAAGAAGGUGGCAUUGACAUUCAUAGCUUCUCAAUUGAAUGAAUAAGAAAUCACAGAUCUAGGAAAGUAAUCAUUAAAUACUAAGAAAAGGUUAUUCAAACAAUUGGAUAAGAAUGGAGAUGGAGUUCUGACUAUCGAGGAAUUGAGAGAAGGGUUGACAGGAAUGAGUGAUUCAUAAGCAAAAGACUUGGCAAAUGUCAUCAAGAGCAUUGAUACUGAUGGAAAUGGCACAAUCAAUUACACAGAAUUCUUGGCUGCAACUAUGGAGAAGUCUCUGUACAUGAAGGAAGAAAAGUUGUAUCAGGCGUUUAAGAUGUUGGAUUUGGAUGGAAGUGGAAAGAUUGACAAACAUGAAUUGCAAACUGUAUUGGGAAAAAGUGACAAUAUUAUUGAUGAGAAAUAUUGGGAUGAUAUGGUCAGAGAGGCAGAUAAGAAUGGAGAUGGAGAAAUAGAUUACAAUGAAUUCAUAGAAAUGAUGGAUAAAUUUAGUUUAUUAAAUUGA